AUGGCCAUAAGUGCCAAAACUCAGAACAGUAUCCGUGCCGCAUACUAUCGCGGAGGGGCGGCACGCGCUGUUAUGCUGAGGACACAGGACCUGCCGAGUGAUAAGGGUCGAUGGCCGGACAUAUUUCGCGGCAUUCUCGGGUCUCCCGACCCCUGGGGCCGCCAACUUGACGGGCUUGGCACCGGUCUCUCCAGUCUCUCCAAGGUGUGCGUCGUGGGCCCAUCUACCAACCCCUCCGCAGAUGUCGAUUGCACUGUUGCCGCCAUUGGUGUAGACGAUCCUAGUGUUGACUUCUCAGCCAACUGCGGGAACAUGUCCUUUGCCGUCGGCCCGUUUGCUAUUGAAUCUGGCUUGACCACGCCGAAUUCUGACAAAAAUGGAUUGACCACUGUUCGGAUAUUCAACACAAACACUGGCAAGAUUAUGCACUCGGUGUUCCCGACCCAAGGACAAGAGGCAGUAGUUCGUGGAGACUUCUCCAUUGACGGUGUAAAUGGUACGGGCGCUCAGAUCAGCCUACGGUUCAUUGAGCCGGGUGGCUCCAAGACGGGCAGAUUGCUACCCACUGGCAACACCAUCGAUGUGUUCGAGUCGAUUCGAACAACCUGCAUUGAUGCUAGUAACCCAUCUUGUUUCGUCCUGGCUUCAGAGCUAGGAAUUGUAGGAUCGUCUUCGCCCGAAAAACUGGACGAAAUGGACGACUUGAGAGUCAAGCUUGAAGCCAUUCGACGACAAGCCGGCGUAAAAAUGGGUCUAGCCAAGACAGAAGAUGAGGUGUCUAUAGGUGUUCCCAAGAUAUCUAUCGUGUCCCAACCUUCUGCCUCCUCUUCCGAGGAUCUAGUGGUUAGGGCCAUAUCAAUGGGACAGGCACACAAUGGAAUGCCUAUUACGAUUGCCUUAGCUACUGCUGUUGCCGCCAAUAUCCCUGGGACAGUCGUGUACGAAUCCCGGGCUCAAAAGGAGAGCAGCAGCUCAGUACUUAUUGCGCAUCCCACAGGACAGCUGGCGGUCGACGCUGACAUUAGCAAUGAUGGGAGUGUAAAGUCAGCGACUGUGUACAGCACAGCCAGACGUUUGAUGGAGGGUACAGCGUAUUGGAAGUGA